AUGCAGGAGAAGAACGACAAGCUCAUCGAUGACAUUCGCACUCUCUUUGGAGAGAUGGACAAGCGUGGAACUGGCAAGUUGACCUACGAGGAGUACAUGGAGGCUGUGGGUGGCAACGAGGUGAUCCAGACGAAGUUCGUGACGUUGGGUAUCGAAGAUGAUGCGGACGAGCUUUGGAACCUCAUCGACAUGGGCAACGGUGAGAUUGCGGUGAGCCAGUUUGCAGCAGGAGCGAACCGAACUCGCGAACCGAAGCCAUCUCGGUGGUGUGCGACCGAUCGGGUGACAUGCUUGCGGAUCAUUUCGGAGGAAACGAAGGCCAAAGAUGUCUUCACCAUCAACCGCCGCGUGGGCAACGCCGAGCGCUCGCUGGAUCACAGU